CCUCCCCCAGGGAAGACAGAAAGAAGGGAAGAAGCAGGGGGAUGGGUAGGGAAGAGAAAAAUACGUGACAAAGAAAACAUUCUCUGUCUGGGAGGAGACUCACAGAGAGAGUAGAGCCUGAGGGAGCAUUCGCUGGCCAUGCCAGUACUUAGCAUUGAUGCUGAGUCAGAAACAGGUAUCCCAAAAUCCCUUUCUAAUGAGCCUCCCUCAGAAACCAUGGAGGAAAUAGAGCACACAUGCCCACAGCCUCGACUGACCCUGACUGCACCUGCCCCAUUUGCAGAUGAAACCAGUUGCCAGUGCCAAGCACCCCAUGAAAAACUGACCAUUGCUCAGGCUCGCUUAGGAACACCAGUUGACAGGCCUGUCAGAGUAUAUGCAGAUGGAAUAUUUGACCUCUUCCACUCAGGUCAUGCAAGGGCACUUAUGCAAGCAAAAACACUGUUUCCCAACAGCUACUUGUUGGUAGGAGUCUGCAGUGAUGAUCUCACCCACAAAUUCAAAGGGUUCACCGUGAUGAAUGAAGCAGAGAGAUAUGAAGCUCUCAGACACUGUCGCUAUGUAGACGAAGUCAUCAGAGAUGCUCCAUGGACACUCACACCAGAGUUUCUGGAAAAACACAAGAUUGACUUUGUGGCUCAUGACGACAUUCCAUAUUCGUCGGCUGGCUCUGAUGAUGUUUACAAGCAUAUCAAGGAAGCAGGAAUGUUUGUUCCGACACAGAGAACAGAAGGCAUCUCAACAUCAGACAUCAUCACCAGAAUUGUCCGUGACUAUGAUGUUUAUGCCAGACGCAACCUCCAGAGAGGAUACACAGCCAAGGAACUGAAUGUCAGCUUUAUCAAUGAGAAGAAGUAUCGUUUCCAGAACCAGGUGGAUAAGAUGAAGGAAAAGGUCAAGAACGUGGAGGAAAGAUCAAAGGAAUUUGUUAACAAAGUAGAAGAGAAGAGUCACGAUCUAAUUCAAAAGUGGGAAGAGAAGUCAAGGGAAUUUAUCGGCAACUUCUUAGAAUUGUUUGGGCCUGACGGAGCAUGGAAGCAGAUGUUCCAGGAAAGGAGUAGCCGGAUGCUACAGGCCUUAUCUCCGAAGCAGAGCCCCGUGAGCAGCCCGACCAGGAGCCGGUCCCCAUCACGCUCCCCAUCGCCUACCUUCUCCUGGCUGCCAGCCAAAGCCUCGCCUCCCUCCUCGCCUAAAGCAGCCUCUGCCUCCAUCAGCAGCAUGAGUGAGGGGGAUGAGGAUGAGAAGUAACAGCGGCUGGCACACACGAGCCACACCACACAGAUCGGGGAGGUGGGAGGGAUCAUGGGGAAUGCCUGGGUGGUGUUCGGAGGGGAAGAGUCACAGGCGCUGUUUGGCUCAGCAGAGGGACUCUGAACUCUGUCAGUUCUCCCUCAUUGUCCACAUAACCCAGGACUUGGGCUCGGCAUGGAGGUUUCCAGGCAAACUACACAAACCUUCUUAGCAUCAUCUAGAAUCACUCUACUUUAACCUUGCUAAGGAAAUAGGCAGAGCACCCCCCAGGAGACUUGCACUGAGUGGGGUGUCCUCUGCUUUGGUCCUUACACCCAACCCUACCAAGUAAACCACCUGUGGAAGUCGCUGUUCCCUCCAAUCUGCUACUUCUGGCUCCAUGAGCGCCCUGCACGUUGUCUCCUGCCACCCAAGCUCUGCCAGAAUAAAUGUUUCCAAUACAGGUGACCAAGUGCUGCUGAAAUAGUCGAGUUAAAAACAGAUUCCAACCUUCUUGGUUCAGCUACUAAUACUUGGUGUAAAGCAUCAGCUCUUUUCAGAGUCAGGAAUGUGGCAAGGCCACCAAGUAUGCACCUGAACACCGCGUGUCAAGGGCCUACUGUGCUCCUGGCUGUACCCUCUCUUCACUGGUUUGAUGUCAUUGUUUCCCAGAAAUUACCUAAAAUCAGUGGGACCUGCAACAAAGAAACAUGGAAGAAUGGGGCAGUAUAGAAAAUGAGGAGCUGUGAGCCUUUAGCUCCACAUUUGGCAGAUGAUAAAUGGCUCCCCCAGCUUCUCCUUUAAGGAUGCUAUUAUGGAAUGGCCUUUCCCAUUUCUGACCAAUUAACAGUGUCACAGACCUACUUGAUGUACCAAACAGAUAGUGUACCGAUAGGGGUGCUACCUGCACGUAUCUGUUCUGUGUAUGCUCCAAACACGCCACCCCAGGGUGGAUGUCACAUACAAUAUGAAUCUAUGGUGAUGGCAUUUUAUAAUAUACUCCUCUCCUGCUCACCAUAUCAAUACCCCACUGAGAUCUUUGCUCUAAAGAACCAUCUGGUUCCCUUGUGACUUGGGCAGUUUGUCAAAAGCUCAUCCCAGAUCUCUGUAGAAAUGUUUUGUCCCAACCAAGAAAUUCCUAUGUCAUUACUGUGGUCUCCCCUUAUACUGGUGGGUGAAAAGAGGCUCUGAAGAGCUUUGCAGAGAACCAUGGCAUCAGUUAGGCUCUCAGCGUCUGAAUGGCUUAGGUACUAUUGCAGUUAUCUCUGGCCCUCAGUUUGCCAAAUGGGAUGGAGACUCUGAACACUUCUGCUGAGCUGUCUGAAUUUACUGCUCCCUAAUCACAUGUAGGUAAAGGAGCAGACAGUCAAGGUUUGGAACCAAACUCUUUGAUAGAAAUAGGUCUUGCCUGGUUAUCCCAGUAAAGUUAGAGACAGAGCUGGGGCCUGACUGAGCAGAGGCCCAAACCAGCAACUUGGGGGCAGAGUCUAGCAUCUCUUCUGAUAUCCCUUUUUCAGAGGCCUUGGGAACCAGCUUUCUAAGUGACAAGGGGGGCAACCAAUGAAUGAAAGUGGCAUGUCUUUCCCCUUCGUGUUGGGGUCAAACUACCUCCCUGGCCACCUGGAGAGGAGUGGCAAUUGUUGCCAAGCAAAAGUACAAGGUCAAGCUGGCUUGGAACCUCCUCAGUCCUGGCUCACUCUCUCUCCCCAGAACUCUGCCAAGUACUCGUGUGGGACAGAGUGCUGGCAGGAACAUGGCGCAUGAGAAGAAAACAUUUUGGACACAAGGCCCACCCAGACUAUUGCUCCACAGAGAAAGGCAAGGGCCCCAUUCUUCCAUUGUGCCCAUUUGACCUCUGUUCUCCAUCAUGUAUCCAGGACAAACAGUUCAUAGAUGCCCUCCAUGUCAGUUGGUUGCCACGUAUAGCAAUGAAGGGACAAGGAGACUGGCCAGGCACGAGGAAGAGUAGCGGAGAACAAGGGAACAGCAAUGGAGAAAACAGGUUCCUGGAGAGAAGAAAGGAGGCUAAAGAAAAUCUGCUCUCUUAAAUCCCUUCAGGACCUCCCUUCAUAGGGUAAACUCUUGGGAAAGCCUUUUAUGUUCUUACUCCAUGGUCCAGGGCAGAAAGAUCCACUUUUACUGGAGUCCAGUUGUGGUGUGGGGUUGAUGUAAUAGACUGACAAUAAAUUUGCAGACGUCAUACCCCAUACCAACAGGUGCCACUUACAUGACCUAUCCAACAGUGCUGCCAUAGCUGCCAAUUACAGGAAGCAACUGAUGCCGGGGAUGUGCCGGGAUGGGCCAAUACAAACCCUAAAUCUCACCCUACUAGCUCUAAGAAAACCUCCCCACCCUGCCAAGGCUAGGAGCCUACUGACAAGGAAUUAGAAACACUCUGCAACCCACCUUUUGCUAUCUCAUGGCCAUCUCUGUCUCUUCUAGCUUCUCCCCAACCCCCAGCCACCUUCCUGCUCCCAGAGGUUUAUCGCUCGAGAGUGAGUUAAAGCUGAGAGAGGUAAGCAGAAAUUACAGAAAGCAAGGACAGAGAAUCCCUUUGCCGUGGAAAAGGAACGAAGGUCCAGACUGUGAGGGCCACAAGACCGCCAUUUCGGAUUGUGGAAGGGGCAGGUUGUGAAGAUGGGAGAGCAUGGGUCUCAAGUAGGGCGGCAGUGGGAGGGGAUUUAUUUUCUGCUCCCUUUCAAGUGUUACCACGCCUCCAACCGGUAAAGAACUAGGACUCCUGUUAUGUAUCUCCAGGGUUAUGGAUACCCAUGCAGGGUGUGGGUUCCUGCCUCGCUAGCUUCCCCAUGUUGUCCUAUGGGAGACCCUGAAGUCAUACGUUUAGCCCUCCUCCAGCUAAGAAACUUGGGUACAAUUAUAAUGCCACAGUCACACUGAAUGGCCUGUUUCUGGCAAGCAAGCUCCUGGGCACCAGGACCCUACAGACGCCAAGGAAAGGCAGCUACAAGAGAAACAAGACACCAAUGGCAGCCUGGCUUCUGCCUUGCUCUCGGAAAAAGACACAGCAGCGGGACUGCAAGCUUGCUCCCCUCUGCCUUAGGCUGCUAGAUACUAUGAGUCCAUCCUUUGAGGGAGGGACAGGAAGAGCAUAGAUUUAUUUUCUCUCCAUCUCAAGGACUUAUUUUAGCACCUGGUCAUCCCCCCAGGGAGAGAUGCGAGAUGACAUCACAGGCUCCGCUAAUCAGCUGAGCCUGACUCUAGCAAAGAGGUGCCUGUUUCUCAGACAUCCCUUCUGCACUAGUGUUGGCUGUCAGAUUUUUUUUUAACAAAAGAAAUAGCUCCUGAGGCAUUUGCACCAUAUACUCUCCUGUAGUGUUUUGUUGUGUCACUGCAAUGUGUCUGGGGACAAAGCCAUAAGAAAAGCAUACACACUUGAGACUAUGCUGUAUAUAUAAGACAAAAAGACCAUGCGCCUGGGUUGAAGCACGACCUUAGGCCCAAGCAUUUGCUCUGGUGCUGAAUAUCGCAAACUUCUGGAAUCAGCUCCCCACCCCGCGUUCCCAUGCCACCCCCGCUCCCAUCCCACUCCUGCCCCCAAAUGAAACACAGCCUUCCCAACUCAUUUAUAAAUAA